CAUUCCCAUGACAACCACGGAGAAAAACAAAUCCUACUUUCCCUGCGCGCAGAACACCUUUCUUUCCUUGACUUUCACCCACUUUCACUCUUCACAACUUUCACCUGCGCAGCAACAGCAGGUUUCCAUAGAAAUUUAUUUUAUUUUUUAUUUUAUUUCCUAAUAAAAUGGCUCCGUUAAUAAAAUAUAUUCUAUUACUCACACUCAUUCAACAAUCACUUGGCAACAGUACAAAUGGGAAACCCCGCCGCUCCCCCUCCCCUUCAUCGUCCGGCCCCUCGACGACCUUCCCCUCGCACGACGAAUUAAAAACCUUAUCGAGAAAUAUCACCGCAAUUUUGGACGCUUUCUCCGCGAAUUAUGACAAAAGAGUGAGACCCAACUAUGGAGGUGAACCCGUAAGCGUGGGCGUGACCAUGUACGUUCUAAGCAUUUCCAGCAUCUCCGAAGUUCUCAUGGACUUCACGCUGGACUUUUAUUUUCGACAAAUGUGGAGCGACAAUCGUUUGUCUUUUACCGGGCCGGUCAAAACUUUGAGUGUGGGGAGCGAGUUCCUCUCGACGAUGUGGGUGCCGGACACGUUCUUCGUAAAUGAAAAAACCUCCUAUUUCCACACGGCCACGACUUCCAACGAGUUUUUGCGAAUUUCCGACAACGGGGACAUCCUCCGCUCGAUCCGCUUGACCGUCACGGCCAGCUGCCCCAUGGAUUUGAGACAUUUUCCUAUGGACUCCCAGCUCUGCAACAUCGAGAUUGAGUCAUUCGGCUACACCAUGAGCGACAUCCGCUACAAGUGGGCCAAGGGGGCGGGGAGCGUGGGGGUCUCCAAUGAUGUUAGCCUGCCCCAGUUUAAGGUCAUGGGCUACCGGCAGAAAGCCUUUGAAAUCUCGCUCUCCACGGGAAACUACUCGAGAUUGGCGUGCGAGAUCCAGUUUGUGAGGUCGAUGGGGUAUUAUUUAAUUCAGAUUUACAUUCCUUCGUCGUUGAUCGUGGUCAUUUCCUGGGUGUCCUUCUGGCUCAAUCGCAAUGCGGCACCCGCUCGAGUUUACUUGGGAAUUACGACGGUCCUCACCAUGACAACGCUCAUGAGUUCGACGAACAAAGCACUCCCAAAAAUUAGCUACGUCAAAUCCAUCGACGUGUUCCUCGGCACCUGCUUCGUCAUGGUUUUCGCCGCGUUGCUGGAAUACGCCACGGUGGGCUACCUCGCGAAGCGCAUCCAAAUGCGCAAGAACCACUUUGCGGCGCUGCAGAAAAUGGCAAAUUCCCUGCAAAACGCGCACCAGCUGUUUCCACAGCAACCUCAACCAUCCACCUCAUUUAACCAAAGGAAAUUCAUUGGCACGGAGAAGAUCCGACAAAUAAUCCCGAUAAAUCCGAACCAAAUCUGCGGAAUCACCCCGAGCGACAUUGACAAAUACUCCAGGGUCGUCUUUCCCGUUUGCUUUGUCUGCUUCAACACUCUGUAUUGGAUAAUCUACCUCCACAUUUCGAACGUCGUCGUGGACGAUCUCGUACUUUUGGGACAAAAUUAAUAUGCACCAAUUUUUUUGAAAUAAAUAUAUUGCCAUGGAAAUUACGUAAAUAAAUAAAUAUUGCCAUGGAAAUUAAUA